UCUCUGUUUCAAUCAUUUAUGGGUUUGGAAGUUUCUUUUUCGUGAUUGUCUGCUUCAAUUCUGCUUUUUUUUUUUUUGUUUUGGUUUUGUGUUUUCAGGCCUUUUUCUUUUUGAAAAAUGGCAGAAAAUAAUGUAAUUGAUGGUGGAGAAUGUGGAAUGAUGAUUGUUUUUGCUUUACUUGUGAUUAUAAUUUGAGAGAUUAGAGCUUUAAAAAGUGGGAAGGAUUAUUUAUUGGUCUUUAAGUAACUGUAUCCAACUUGAUUACUUUCUUUAGCUCUUGUUCGGUUGCUAAGAAUAGGAAGAGCUAUAGUAUAAUUCACAGCAGUGUUACUUGAACUUUUGUUUUGUAAGUGAGAGAAGCCUAUUUGGUUUGUUUUUGUAAGUGAGAGAAGCCUAUUUGGUUUGUUUCAUAAUUAAAAAAAGUUAAGUUAUAAUUUCUUGGUUGAUUUUCCAUCCUGGUGCUUUAGCUAUGACAAAAGUAAGUGGUGGAUCUUCUGCUUGAUCGAGUUUAUUUAGUCUGGUAUGGAAUUUUCAGUGAACUUUUGUAAUCUGCAGUUUGAUUGAAGGGAAAAUUGAGGGAAAUAGAAGGAUAUUGAAUUUUGAAUAUUUUAAUGUGUUUUUUUUUUUUUUACUGUUAUACUAACUAAAACUGACUGCAAUUCUAAUUUGAAUGAAAAUAUUUGCUUCAGUUUGUCAGUUUUUUAUUUGGAUUGCAUUGUUUUUGACAAAGAUGUUUGAAUGAUUUGACCUUGACCUUUUGACUUGCCUGAAUUUCAGUUGGUCUCCAUUGCCCCUUCUUUUAUGUUUUCACGUUUUGAUCCAUGGUGAUUGAUGAGUUAUUUCUUAGUUAGACAAAUUUAAUUGAUGCUUGUCGACCCAGUGACCAUAUGUCAGACACUUCGAAAAUGCUUCUGUAGUGUCGGAUCCAAAAAGCAGAGAUUAUCAAGAUGGGAGGUGAUUAAUAUGCUUCAGAAUUCAAGAUCCAAUAUGUGCAAGAUUCGAUGCAGGCCUCCUGGAAGUGAGGCAUUACCUCAAGGAAUUGUGGUCAAAACAUCAAACUUGGAAAUGCGACCUUUAUGGAGUGACAGUGCAAAAAAUGGCAAUCCAGAGCCAUCUUCAAACUUGUUAGCCAUUGCCGUUGGAAUUAAGCAAAAGGAAAUUGUGGAUCGAAUUGUUAAAAAGUUUCCUAGAAGAGAUUUUGUUGUGAUGCUUUUCCACUAUGAUGGUAUUGUGGAUGAAUGGAGAGAUUUGGAAUGGAGUGAUCGUGCCAUACAUGUGUCUGCAGUGAAUCAAACAAAAUGGUGGUUUGCCAAACGUUUCUUGCAUCCUGACAUAGUUGCUGAAUACAAGUAUAUAUUCCUCUGGGAUGAGGACCUUGGAGUAGAUAACUUUGAUCCAAGGCGAUAUUUGUCUAUUAUUGAAGAUGAGGGACUGGAGAUAUCACAACCAGCACUUGAUCCUUCUAGGUCAGAGGUGCAUCAUCAAAUCACAGCACGCAGAAGGAAUUCAAGAUUGCACAGGAGGAUAUACAAGUUUAAAGGCAGUGGAAGGUGUGAUGCCCGUAGCACUGCUCCUCCAUGUAUAGGUUGGGUGGAAAUGAUGGCCCCUGUAUUCUCAAGAGCUGCCUGGCGCUGCGCAUGGUAUAUGAUUCAGAAUGAUUUGAUCCAUGCUUGGGGCCUCGAUAUGCAGCUUGGUUAUUGUGCACAAGGUGAUCGUAUGAAAAAUGUUGGUGUGGUUGAUGCUCAGUACGUAGUUCAUUUGGGUCUUCCUACACUUGGCGCUAUGGCUGAAAACGAGUUAAAUUCUAUGCAAGUUAAUAUUAUUCAGAGAGAGCGCUUAUCUAAACCGGAAGCAUUGGCACCAUCUGAAUCGCAUAAAGUUGACAACAGACCUGAAGUGAGAAGACAGUCCUUCAUUGAAAUGCAAAUGUUCCGUAAAAGAUGGGAAAAUGCUGCCAAGGAGGACAAAUGUUGGGUUGAUCCAUACCAACAAUCAGUGAAGGGUUGUGAAUUUGUGAGAGACAAAGACAACUGAGGUCAGUAAACAUAAAGCUUCACAUGUGAAAUAUCACUGACAUUGGAACCAUAGCAACCAAAGGAGCAAGUUAAAGAGCUUUUUUUUUUCUUUGUUUUUUUUUUCAGGGCUCCGUUGAGAUUUUUGUUUUUUAUUUUUCAAUGUGUAAUAGAUCAUUGAUGGUUGUAAUCUUGG